AUGGAUUCUCCCCCACCAAAACCAAGCCUCAGAACCCGUCUCGGCCUCGCAUUGCGCACCAAAUCCCGCUCGGCUACCAAACUUGCAAAAGCACCGCCCUCAGAGCCCUUCAAAAAAGUCACCUCCUCAACCACAACCAAAUCGACAUCCGCAUCUACCUCCUCCGCCCUCUCCACAUCUACCUCCUCCACCCUCUCUCCAGCCAGUCCAAACCCAAAACCCCGUCCCCUCGCCCACGGCGCGAUAUAUCGCCCGACAGAAGACAACACCAACACGCAAACGGGCGAGCGGCGAGAUGACACGGAUUUACUGCACGGAUUGAUGCAUCGGGAGUCAGACUCCUCCUUAGACUCCGCCUACGAACGGCUGAAACGGAAACGGGAAGAGGAAGUUGAUGACCGACCGCCAGGAGAAGGAGAUGUCGAGAAGCUGCCUGCGGAUCUCUGGAUCGCGAUUGCGGACUUUUUGAGCCCCUGUGAUGCAGCAAAUCUAGCGUACGCGAGUAAAACGCUUGCGAGUAGGUUGGGCACGGGGGCUUGGCAGGAGCUAAAUCGUCCUGAGAAUCUGAGAGAGAAAAUCAAAUUUCUGGGGGGCAUGGAUGGCAAGAUGCCCGGUCACCUGUUGUGCUUUCUAUGUGGGAUAUACCACGUGCGAACACAGGCGGGGAAAGAAAGGCUCAAAGCGACCAGCGUUAUAAAUCCUCUGUAUAUCUGCGGCUCGGUGGGGAAACCGGGGUAUAAGCCUCCCAGAACGAGGUUGACGCCAGGACAUACACUCCCGUUUACGUUUGUUCAAUUAGUUUUGCGAGCAAGGAAGUAUGGGACAAGUUAUGGGAUAGACGUCAACGAGUUAGGCAGGCGGUACAAAGAUCCCUACAGCGAGUGGACGCAUCAGACGCGGUACUAUAUACGUAAAGGGCACCUUCUCCUGCGCGUCACAUCUCGCAGCUUCGCAUCUCCUGGCCUCCCACCAAGCGGACAACGCCACCUCCUCUACUCCCGCGAAGACUACACGCCGUACUUCUCCGUGUGCGCGCACUGGCGGGACGGUGAACUAAUGGACGUGUGCAAAUGCGCGCUGGGGCAUAUCCCCAAGCAUAGAGAGACCAUCGCGCAGCAGAUGAAGCGGGGUCCGCAGAUCCAGGGCGCGCUGAGGAACCCGAAUCCGAUUGUCAGUCUUUGUAGCUUUUGUCGCCCGAUGAGGCGGUGUCCGGAGUGUCCGAGUGAGUAUUUGGUUGAGCUUAAGUUGGCGGAGGACAAGAAUGAUCCGCUUGUGAAGUUUAAGCAGGCUAUCACUGUGACGAGGUGGUGCGAUUUGGGGGAUGGGUCGAGCCCUAUUGGUCCGGAAUGGGCCGCCAUCAAUGGCGAGGGGGAGACGGCAUAUGAUUCUUUUGCCAACAUGGGACGCAGAGCUAUCUCGGGGAUCUUUGAGAGUCAGUCUGGGGUGACCAUUCCUGGGCAAAGAAUGCUGAGUCUUAAUCCAAAGAACGAGAAGCUUGGCGAGGAGGGCCAUGGGUGGUAUUGA